AGACGGGGAAACAGCAUUGGCGUUAUCAUUGCUAGCUAGUUGCCACAUUUUAGCCUUCCUUAAUAGGAGCUUCGAAAAGUACAAUCACAUUAUUUUGCAUGGAGAACUUUGGCAAAAAAAAGUCAAGACGUAAAAUAGAUGAUAUGUCUGAAUCUUCAUACAAGACCUGCCCAAUGGGGAAUGAAACUUCAAGAGAAAUACGACAAUUUGAAAACAGCCCUUACUUUUGUAGUCUUCAUAAAAAUCCUGUGGUAGUUUUAACUAGACUCCCAGAAUGUACAGUCAGGUCCCUACAACCACCGACGCCUAAGCAGUUCGAUGGUGAAGCAGGAUCCCCUGGCAGCUCGGAUUCUGACAUGUUGUGGUCACCAGCUGAUGAUUGUGGAGAUUCUGACUGGUCCGUCUCAGAUGAUAAACAAAAACCUUCAAAACCCAAAAAGAGGAACACUGUUCAAACACCUCAACCAAUGAAACGUUCGACUCCUCAGUCAACAAGCAGUGACAAAAGCUGCCUGACAGAAAAAGGACUCAUUGUAAUAUCAGCGGCUUUUGCAAACAACUCUAGUGAAACUACAACAGCCCGCCCUAAUUUACCAGAGGUAGAAAUCAAGUUGGACAUGCCUGUGCUGGCCAGGAGGACAACCAUGAUGUGGCAACAAGGAAAAAUAGUGGAUAUAACAGAAAAAGAAGAUGGACGGUUAAAGUACAAAGUUAAUUUUGACAAAAAAGGGAGGAGUCUUGUAUCUGGACAUCACAUGGCCUCUGUUGACUCACCAAAGCUGGAGCAGCUGUACGUGGGCGCCCGCGUUGUUGUUCCCUCUUCAGAUGACAACACUUGCUUCAUUCCUGGCAUUUUGGUCGAACUCCCCAGCAGAAAGAACCGCUUGAGGUUCUUAGUCUUUCUCGAUGAUCACACGCCGCUUUAUGUUAGUUUACCCACCCUUCACCUCGUGUGCCGACCAUUGGAUGAUACUUUAGAAGAUGUCCCAGAAAGCCCGCACAAGGAUUUCAUGCAACUAUAUAUGAAGAACUGGCCAUACCCGCAUUUAACCCAUUACAUGGUCGGACAGUCCAUCUAUGUGGAAGUAGAUGGCACACAGCAGAAGUGUGAGGUUCAGUUGGUUGAUUGCAGUUUGAUACAGGUGGUUUUUCCGGAAAAUCAAAACAAGGAAUGGAUUUAUCGAGGCUCCUUACGACUGGAGCACAUGAUCAGAUUCUACAAGUUGAGAGAAAUGGAAAAGAAAGACACUGUAUAG